UUCUCAGAUCAGAUCUAAUCCCACAAAAUUUUGCCAUGACAGAUAUAUCCUCAUUCUUGAUUGAAUUCUAAAAAUCUCAGGUACUUCCCUUCCAAUCUCUAACUGUAAAUUAUAAUUUCUUGCUUUUGGGUUUAUUAAAUUUCUGGGAAUUUUUCCCAUUGAGUUGUUAUGUAGUCAAAAUCUCGAAUUUUAAUUAGGGACUUUAGAUUUCGAGCUAGAAAAUUUCUAUUUAUUCGAGAAAUCAUGGUUAGAGAGCAGAGGCUAGAGUCCUUCUAUACACGGCUUCGAGAAUCGGCCUUGGCUUCAUCUGAAUCUCCUCUUCUUAUAUUCCCAUCAACGUCUGAUGUGGACUCGCUCUGUGCCUUAAAAAUUAUUCUUCAUGUACUCGAAUCUGAUUCGGUUCGUUAUGCAUGUUAUCCGGUCUCUUCUUUCGGAGAGAUUCACAAAUAUGCGGGUCCUAAUUUGUGUUCUUCCUCUAAAACUAACAUUUCUAUUUUGUUAAUUAAUUGGGGUUCUCAACGUGACUUGAAAAGUGCUCUUAAUUUAGGUCCUAAGGCCCGUGUUUUUGUGGUUGAUAGUCACCGUCCGAUUCACUUGCAUAAUUUGAGCAAUGGGAAUGAUAAUGUGAUAGUGUUGUACACGCCUGAUGAUGAGCAGCAAGCUGAUUUAGCUUACGAUUUUGAUGUUUCGGCUUUGUCGAAUGCUUGUAAUUUGGAGAUAGAUGAUGCGGAUUUAGAUAGUGACGACGAAAACGAGAGUGAUAGCGAGGAAGAAGAAAAUGAUGAUGGGUCAAGGAAACGAAGAAGGGUUUCUUUAGAUAAUCAAGAUGAUCCGGAACAGCUUUUCAAAAAGCUAAAGAGAGAGUAUUACAAAAUGGGUACUUUUUAUGGCAAGCCAUCUGGGUGUUUGAUGUAUGACUUAUCGCAUUCUUUGAGGAAGAACACAAAUGAGUUGCUUUGGUUGGCUUGUGUUUCGUUGACUGAUCAGUUCGUUCACGAGAGAUUGACUGAUGAGAGGUACCAAGCUGGGGUUAUGGAGCUUGAACAGCAUAUUAAUGGCUCAGGGAAUUUGGAUGCAGUUACUUCUGUGACACUUAAAGAUGGGACAAAAAUUAGAGCACCUGAAUCAUCAAGAAUUGCAUAUGAAGAUGAACCAAGACUUAUGCUGUUACAGGAGUGGAAUUUAUUUGAUUCAAUGUUGUGCUCUUCCUACAUUGCAACUAAAUUGAAGACAUGGAGUGACAAUGGUAUCAAAAAACUUAAGCUUCUCCUCGCUAGAAUGGGAUUUGCACUUGUAGAUUGCCAGCAAAAAUUUCAAUACAUGAAUCUUGAAGUGAAACGGAAGAUGAAGGAUGAAUUUGAAAGGUUUCUGCCUGAGUAUGGGCUUACUGAUUUCUACUACAGGAGUUUCCUGAGGUUACAUGGUUACAGCUCAAGAGUGUCAGCUGCAGAUGUGGUGUAUGGGGUUACUGCAUUGCUUGAGUCAUUUGUGAAAUCUGAUGGUUCUUGUGCUUCAAAGCAGUUUGGAGUGGCUUAUGAUGCUUUGUCAUUAAGCAAUGUGGAUAAGUUGAAGGCGGGGAUGCAGCAGGCAAUCAAGAUUCAAAGAGCAAUUCUUAGGCAAGGAAGUGCAGCCAUUACCAAGAAUGGUGCCAUUAGAAGUGGAAGGAAAUUUAGGUGGGUGAAGCUUGAAGAUUCAGUGGAUGCACAGUUGUUGGGGCAUCCUCAGGCUUUGACUAAAUUCUGCUAUUUCUUAAUGGAUGCUUUGAGAGAAAAGGGAGCUAGAAUGAAGCCUCUACUUUGUGCUUGCUUAUCACAGGAACCAAACAAGGUAUUGAUUGUUGGGGUUUAUGGGAAGCCUCGACUAGGGGCAGUUCAAGGAAAUGCAUUUGGGAUUGCCUUCAGAAAUGCCGCUACAGAGAUUGAAGCUGAGUUCUUCCAUGAGCUAUUUGAAUCUUCGUGGAUUGUAUUGGACAAAGGUGCAGUCAAUUCUUUUAUGAUCAGAUUAACGGAGAAACUCUAAUGUUAAAUUUCAGUAAAUGUCUAGAUUAAUUUGUGUUUAACUUCAAAAUCUUCCCAAGAGAACAUUUGUUGUAAUUUUAUCCACUUUCUUUUCCUGUUUCGAAUAAUUCAUAAAUGAGAAAUCAUAUAUGAUUUAAUUCA